AUGAGCGCGGCCCCGGGCACCUCCCACGCUCCCCAGCCGCUGCUCCGCUUCCCCGACGGGCCGGGCGGGCCGGGCGGCGGGCGGGCGGCGGGCAGGGGCGGCGCCCCGGGGCCGUGCCCCUGUCCCUGUCCCUGCCCGGGAGGGCCGCGGAAGCGGCGGCGGACCACGUUCAGCCGGGGGCAGCUAUCAGAGCUGGAGCGGGCCUUCGCCGCCGUGCCCUACCCGGACAUCGCCACCCGGGAGCGCCUGGCCGAGCUCACCCAGCUGCCGGAGGCCAAGAUCCAGGUCUGGUUCCAGAAUCGCCGCGCCCGCAGGAUCCGUAGCACCAAGCCGGAGCCGCCGCCGCUACCGCCGCUGCCACCGCCCGGGGAGCGGGGUACCCCCGCGGCACCUCCCGACGGCAGCACCCCGUGCCCGGCCCCUGCCCUGCCGCCGCCGGGAUCCCACAGCCCUGCUCGGGGCCUCCCCACCUCGCUGGGCUCCAUCUCCGAUCUCAUCUACAGUGCGGCCAUCACCAACCUGGGCGAGCCAUAGCCGUGGCUAGGACCCCUGGCUUCUAAGGGACCCUCCUGGCACCACGGCCCCCCCCGGAUUAGCGCCAGGAUUUCAUUAGGGUGUGGAAUUACUGCCGGUCCCAAAGGCUCCGAGGAUGUCAUCCAAUAUCCUAAAUGCCGGUGCGGCCACAGCAGGGGCACCUCCCCAUCAGGUCCCUAAUACCGACUAAUCUUUUGGAAAAAUACCUUAAUCUGAGGCCGUAUCCACGGAUGAUUGUGGCGCGGCCGCCCCUAAUCCGCAGGCACGUUCGCAGGUGCCGGCAGAUCUCCCUGGAUCGGAUAUUAAACCGUGUUUCCAGAGGGGCUUAGCUGCCAUCAGAGCAUUAAUCACUGUGUCUGGCCCUGGCAGAGCGCCCACCCGGCAGGUGUCCAGGUCCCCAGGGCCUGGCGUGGCUGUCCCCUCCCUGCUGUGGGUGCACCGAGCUGGCUCCGCUCUCUGCCCCACGGCACCUGAGACACUCCUGGGCUCAGUGUUGAGGGGUAUUUUCUCUCUGCCUCCAGAAUCUGGGGACCCUUUGGCAGGGCGUUGGGAGCACUGUGCAUUCCUCACUGCAGGCAGAGGAAGGUUUGGACAGGAGAUGGAGCAGGAUGCAGAG